UGAGGCAGUUAUUUUAACCGUCCCAGUAAAAAAGAUCCGUUUGGGGUAUUGUGUGGGACUCUCGCUCCCUUUUCUGCUCCCCUUCUUUGAGGGGGGCCAAGCCCCCCCUCGCAGCUCUUCUUGAUAGACUUUAUCGCAGACCCUUGUGGUUUGGAAAAGGCAGAAUGACCGAUACUCGGAGGAGAGUGAAGGUUUAUACACUAAAUGAAGACAGACAAUGGGAUGAUCGGGGCACUGGACAUGUGUCCUCUGGCUAUGUGGAAAGGCUGAAGGGCAUGUCCCUGCUUGUCAGGGCAGAAAGUGAUGGUUCUCUACUUUUGGAGUCCAAAAUCAACCCUAAUACUGCAUAUCAGAAGCAACAGGACACGCUGAUUGUGUGGUCUGAAGCGGAGAACUAUGACCUGGCUCUUAGCUUUCAAGAAAAGGCUGGUUGUGAUGAAAUAUGGGAAAAAAUAUGUCAGGUCCAGGGAAAAGACCCUUCAGUGGACAUUACUCAGGAUCUUGUGGAUGAAUCUGAAGAGGAACGUUUUGAUGAUAUGUCAUCUCCAGGUCUAGAGUUACCAUCCUGUGAAUUAAAUCGAUUAGAAGAGAUUGCAGAACUUGUGGCAUCUUCACUGCCUUCCCCAUUGCGGCGUGAAAAACUUGCUUUAGCACUUGAAAAUGAGGGCUACAUAAAAAAACUCUUAGAAAUUUUUCAUGUGUGUGAGGACUUGGAAAAUACUGAAGGACUACACCAUUUGUAUGAAAUUAUUAAGGGAAUCUUCCUCUUGAAUAGAACUGCACUUUUUGAAGUCAUGUUUUCUGAAGAAUGUAUAAUGGAUGUAAUUGGAUGUCUAGAAUAUGAUCCUUCUUUAUCACAGUCACGGAAACACAGGGAAUUUCUGACAAAAACUGCAAAAUUUAAAGAAGUUAUUCCAAUAUCUGACCCGGAGCUGAAACAAAAAAUACAUCAGACAUACAGAGUACAGUAUAUUCAAGAUAUGGUUCUACCUACUCCUUCAGUAUUUGAGGAAAACAUGUUGUCUACUCUUCAUUCAUUCAUAUUUUUUAAUAAAGUAGAAAUAGUUGGUAUGUUACAGGAAGAUGAAAAAUUCUUGACAGACCUAUUUGCACAACUUACAGAUGAAGCCACAGAUGAAGAGAAAAGACAAGAAUUGGUAAAUUUCCUUAAAGAGUUUUGUGCAUUUUCUCAAACAUUACAACCUCAAAACCGUGAUGCUUUUUUCAAAACAUUGUCAAAUAUGGGCAUACUUCCAGCACUAGAAGUCAUACUAGGCAUGGAUGAUGCCCAAGUACGCAGUGCGGCUACUGAUAUAUUCUCAUAUUUAGUUGAAUAUAACCCAUCUAUGGUACGAGAAUUUGUUAUGCAAGAAGCUCAGCAGAAUGAUGAUGACAUCUUGCUCAUUAACCUCAUCAUAGAACACAUGAUAUGUGAUACAGAUCCAGAACUUGGAGGAGCAGUCCAGUUGAUGGGCCUGUUGCGUACUUUAGUGGAUCCAGAAAACAUGCUAGCUACUGCAAAUAAAACAGAAAAGACAGAAUUCUUGGGAUUCUUUUAUAAACAUUGUAUGCAUGUUCUCACUGCACCAUUACUGGCCAAUACUACAGAGGAAAAGCCUAGCAAAGAUGACUUUCAGACUGCUCAGUUAUUGGCCUUGAUAUUAGAGUUAUUAACUUUCUGUGUAGAACAUCAUACAUACCAUAUAAAGAACUACAUAAUUAACAAGGAUAUUCUUCGAAGAGUACUAGUUCUAAUGGCCUCAAAGCAUGCAUUCUUGGCACUAUGUGCCCUACGUUUUAAAAGAAAGAUAAUUGGAUUGAAGGAUGAAUUUUACAAUCGCUAUAUAAUGAAAAGUUUUUUGUUUGAACCAGUGGUCAAAGCAUUUCUCAACAAUGGAUCCCGCUAUAAUCUAAUGAAUUCUGCUAUUAUAGAAAUGUUUGAAUUUAUUAGGGUGGAAGACAUAAAAUCCUUAACAGCUCAUGUAAUUGAGAAUUAUUGGAAGGCACUAGAAGAUGUAGAUUAUGUACAGACUUUCAAAGGUUUGAAAUUACGUUAUGAGCAACAAAGGGAAAGACAAGAUAAUCCCAAACUUGACAGCAUGCGAUCCAUCUUAAGAAACCAUAGAUACAGAAGGGAUGCAAGGACCUUGGAGGAUGAGGAAGAAAUGUGGUUUAACACUGAUGAAGAUGAUAUGGAAGAUGGGGAGGUAGUAGUGCCACCCGCUGAUAAAAGUAAAAAUGAUGAAGAUAUUAUGGAUCCUAUAAGUAAAUUUAUGGAAAGAAAAAAAUUUAAAGAAAGCGAAGAAAAGGAGGUCCUUCUGAAAACUAACAUUUCUGGUCGCCAGAGUCCAAGUUUUAAACUUUCCUUCUCAAGUGGUACAAAGACUAACCUCACCAGCCAAUCAUCAGCAAGUAAUUUGCCUGGGUCUCCUGGAUCUCCAGGAUCUCCUGGGUCACCAGGAUCUCCUGGAUCAGUUUCUAAAAGCACAUCUCAGAUGGCAGCUAUAACUACAAAGAGAGGACUAGUUGGGCUUGUAGACUAUCCUGAUGAUGAUGAGGAAGAGGAUGAAGAAAAUCUACCUUUGACACAGAAAGCAAAGCUAGAGUCUUCAUAAUGACAAGUAUGAAGACCAGUAUGGAUUAUGAUACAAACUAGGUUUCCGGGUUUCCAGAGUGGGAAGUCCGUGUUAUAAAAAUAAAAAUUACUGUGUAUAACACAGAUCAACUUUAAAACAGAUUUCUGCUAAUCAGUGCCAAUUUGGCGGAGCAGAAGAGGAAAUACUACGCUUUAUGGAAAAACAUGCCUUUGACCUCUCCAGCUUGGACCACACGUUGCCCUUUUCUCAGGGAAGGAAAUGGAAAAUACAACGCCAACAGGGCAGGAGUUUUGAUGGUGGAAUUCUGGAUUGGCUGUUCAGUUGUUACAAUCAAAUUAUGAUUUCUUGGACCAUGUACGAGAUUUUGAAGAAAAGGCUUUUCUGCCAUAAUUCUUCAUUAGCUAAGAAUGCCAGCAGUUUCUUUAUAUAAAGAGACCUGCCUUUAAAACCACACAUUCUGAACAUUUUAGUCAAACUACAACAGAUUUUAAAAAAACUCUUUCGGGGAGGGCUCAACAUGUUUCCUCUUUUUUUUAAUCUGUUCCCUUUUGCCCUUUAAACUGCAGAUUUUUGUUUGGAGAUGAGGGAUAUAUCUGUCCCUUAAUUAAAAGAUUGAAUGGAAUUCUAGAUGUCACUUUUAUGUCAUAAUUUUAUUUUUAUUUUGCCCCGAGUGUAUGCUUGGUUGUUGAGUAUAUAUUUGGGACCAUUAAAAUUUUUUGAUGUAAUAU